AUGCAGUUCCUAUCAAUGCUCCUCCUCGCCGGCUCAGCUCUCGCAGCUCCCAGCGCCCCUUCAUCCCACCAAUCCCGCGCCGCAGCCAGCAUCGAUGACAUGCUCCCACCCAUCGUACCCAUCAACACAAGAAGUGGUGACCGGGACCUCAUCUCCAAGAUCAUCACCGCCCCCACCCAAGUCGAGCGUCUCAAGCUCCUCGACCAGCCCGGUGACUUCAUCUUCGACUUCAAGGCCGCCACCGGCGCUGGAGAAUCCAAGGGCAAGGGUGGACGCUCCGUCUCUGCUACUGCCCUCACCAUGCCUGCUCUUAUCGGCAACGGCGCUUCCAUGACCGUUGCUUUCCUGGGUCCUUGUGGCAUGAACACUGCCCAUGUGCACAACCGCGCUACUGAGCUUAACAUCAUUGUCAAGGGCCGUCUUGUUACCAACUUUGUCACUGAGAACGGUCAGAAGCCUGUUGCCAACACUAUGGAUACUUUCCAGAUGGCUGUCUUUCCCCAGGGCGCUAUUCACCAGGAGUUCAACCCUGACUGUGAAGAUGCUGUCUUUGUCGCUGCUUUCGACAACGUUGACCCUGGUGUCAACCAGAUCGCCCAGAACUUCUUUUCUCUGAAUGGCGAUGUUGUUUCUGCUACUCUGGGUGGUGUUCAGACUAUUGAUGGCAAGGACAUUGAGUCUUUCCGCGAGCACAUCCCUGCCAACAUUGCUCUUGGUAUUGAUGCUUGUCUUAACAAGUGUGGUAUCAAGAGAAACGCUAAGCGCGACUUGAACGAGCUAUUGAACUAA